CGUGGUGCAGCUGUCAGUGAUUAUUGUUUACAAAUGUGAUUCGCAAGCUUGAAAAAUGCCUAAAAACAUAAAAAGCAAGUCAAUUUCUGAUGAGAUUUCGAGUCUUUUCACCAGAAAAUCUCUCGCGGACUCGGACAGUGAUGGAGAUGAGGUAAAUUUGGCGGAGUCCGUGGAGAUUCAUGAGGAAAACCAAGUGGGAUUAAUCAAUAAGCAAAACGCUCCACUUCUUGAGGAAAUCAGUGCCAGGUACCAUGGGGAACCGUCCUCCAGAGAUCUGGAUAGUGAUUCUGCGGAGGAAGAGGAACUUGAUGAGGAGGAAGUUGACUCGGAAGUUGAGGAACUUGAUGAGGAGGAAUCAGAAGAUGAGACUGAUCAGGAAGUGUCAUCUGACGAGAGAGAAGAACCUCGGCCCGAGGUUAAGAAGACAGAGGAGAUUAAACUCAUUUCGCACACGUCCAAGGAAAGCGAUUUGAAGGGAUAUAGCGUGAAAAAUCAGUUGAAAAUGUGGGAAAAGCUGAUGGAAGUGAGAAUUCGCUCACAAUCCCUCGUGACCCUGUCGAAUCGCCUUCCCUUCCCGGAAAUCUUCAAGCAGUGCAAAGAAUAUUCUGAGGAAUUCUCUUCUUUGGCGUCUGAAGUCGAGGAAAACCUCGCAAACACCAUGAAUAAAUUAAUAGAGACGCAAAACUGCCUCAUUUCGAAGUUCCCGGACACUCGAGAUUGUCUAAAGAGGGGAUUAUACAGUAAUGAUGACCAGGCAGAAACUAGGAAGAAGCCUAGGCUGGAGUUCUCUUCAAUGUCGAAUUGUGAUGCUUUCAGGAAGCUGUACAGAAGCACAAUUGAGAAGUGGAGCGAGAAAAUCAACGCAAAAGAAAAUCCUUUGGACCAAAUAGACAAAGUCCUAACCAGGAAGAAUGACUUAAUGAGAAGCAGCAGAAUCUUUCGAGGAAAUUAUGAUCUGUUUAAGGAUUCAUAUGGAGAAAUUGACGACGAAUCUGGAAAAAGGAUCAGCGCUGAAAUCUACGAUGACACGGACUUUUAUCAUGAGAUUCUCAGUGAACUAAUCGAGGCGAAAUCAUCCCAAAAUCUCGAUCACAACACGGCGGAAAAUCUCCAAAAGAAGACCAGGAAUUCGGUGAAGAAAGUCGUGGAUACAAAAGCUUCGAAAGGACGAAGAAUAAGAUACGUUGUCCAUAAAAAAAUGAUCAACUUCAUGGCCCCAAAUCCUCACUCUUCCUGGAGUGAUGAGGCGAAAGAUGAGCUGUUCUCCUCAAUUUUUGGAGCUGGUCACUGAAAGUGAAGCGUGUCUGCAAUUUGAAGGGGAGGGAGUGUGGAAAGGAGGAGACUUCAUCAAGUUGUCGUUACCACAGAAGUUCGAACAUGAUGUUCAUGUUUUCUCUUCAAUAACCAACCGGAUGAGUAAGCUGAAAAAGAAUAAUAGUAAGAAAAUAUGUUUAUAUCGUUAUUCUUUUCCAAUUUUUUUUCAUGAUAAAUAAAAAAAACUGUAUGGUAAAAUACUUCAAAUGUAAUUAAUGUAGAUAUUGAAAGAGAAAACUGUGAGAAUAGAAUAAAAUAUAUUCUUCUGGAGGUCAGAGAGAGACUUUACAGUUUGUGUG